AGUGACGAGGAGGGGCCUGGCUGGUGAGGGGGCUCCUCUCAAGAGCUUCUCUUCCAAUCCACACAACGGGAAUCCACAACCACCAGGCACCGUUACCCGGCCCCAUUCACCAGCUGGCCUUCGCUGGCUUCCCGGUUUAGCCCACUAGAAUCCCAGGGGGACCAGUGAGUCGUUCCCCUCCACUGUCAUGUCACCGCUUCCCCUUUUCGCAUCCAAUCCAUAGAGGUAUCCAGUCGCCGCUCCGCUAUCUUCCGCCGCCGCUUAGCCCCCCCAAGACUACCGGCCCCCCUCCCCCCUUUGCCAACCGAGCCGCGUUUGUUUGGGUUUCCCUUUUUUUAAUCCUCCCCGAAAGCCAGCUUCUUCGUCGUCGUUGUCUGUCGAUACACUCCUCCUUCAACUCAACCACCGAGUCCUUUCCAUCACACCAACAUCACACAAAUCCCGACAAAAUGUCCUGGCAAGCCUAUGUUGACUCGAGCCUUGUUGGCACCGGCCACAUCGAUAAGGCCGCCAUCAUCAGCGCCGCUGGUGACAGCACCUGGGCUGCGACUCCCGGCUUCACGCUGAGCCCCGAUGAGAUGAAGUUCAUCUCCGCCGUCCUCGGCGAUAAUGGCAAGGGCUCCAACGUUGACAAGGUUUUCGCUGAGGGUCUCCACGUUGCCGGUCAGCGCUACGUUGCCUUCAACAUCGAGGGUCGCCACGUCUACGGUCGCCAGGGCAAGACUGGCGUCAUCAUCGUCAAGACAACACAGGCCAUCCUCGUCGCCCACUACGGCGAGAACGCUGUCGCCGGCAACUCGACACAGACCGUCGAGGCGCUCGCCGAUUACCUCGUCAAGGCCGGAUACUAAGUCAUGUCGGGAGGUAGUGGGAAGAAGGAUGAGAUGAUUGGAUGUCUUAAGAGUCACUGAACAAGAAACAAAUGAAAACGGGAUGAAGACAAGGAAGACGAAAGAUGGGAAGACGGAAAAGAAACCGAAAGACUUUCCUGUGAAGGAGUAUUGGGGACUGGUGUACUGGAUGGAUGAUAUCCUUAAACAGGCAUAGGCCCUUGGGAAUUUUUUUUUUCUGGAACUGACAGCACACUUUGGCGGAAUUUGCCUUUCCAUGUCAGUCGAGGCUGCCGGUGGUGAAAAACGUUCCUCGUCCGUUGUUCCAUCAUUGGGGUUAUAUGGUAUCGUGAUUUUGUAGACAAUUUAACACCCCCCCCACCCCGGAACCAUCUAUAGUAUUUGAUUCUUCCUCUCAAAAUUAUGCAUGAAAAGAAAGCCCGAUACUUCCCUCUUCAUAUUACA